AUGACCAUGGCUGGGGGCAGGAAGGGACUGGUGGCCCCGCAAAACACAUUUCUGGAGAACAUUGUCCGGCGGUCCAAUGAUACUAACUUUGUGUUGGGGAAUGCCCAGAUAGUGGACUGGCCUAUCGUGUACAGCAAUGAUGGAUUUUGCAAGCUGUCUGGCUAUCACAGGGCGGAAGUGAUGCAAAAAAGCAGUACCUGCAGUUUUAUGUACGGGGAGCUGACCGAUAAAGAUACCAUUGAAAAAGUGCGGCAAACCUUUGAGAACUAUGAGAUGAAUUCCUUUGAAAUUCUGAUGUACAAGAAGAACAGGACACCUGUGUGGUUCUUUGUGAAAAUUGCUCCAAUUCGAAAUGAACAGGAUAAAGUGGUCUUAUUUCUUUGCACUUUCAGUGACAUAACUGCUUUCAAACAGCCGAUUGAAGAUGAUUCAUGUAAAGGCUGGGGGAAGUUUGCUCGGCUGACCAGAGCACUGACUAGCAGCAGGGGUGUCCUGCAGCAGCUGGCUCCCAGCGUGCAGAAAGGCGAGAACGUCCACAAGCACUCCCGGCUGGCCGAGGUUCUGCAGCUGGGCUCAGACAUCCUUCCCCAGUACAAGCAAGAGGCACCAAAGACCCCCCCGCACAUCAUCUUACAUUACUGUGUUUUUAAGACCACGUGGGAUUGGAUCAUCUUGAUCUUAACCUUCUACACAGCCAUCCUGGUUCCUUACAAUGUCUCCUUUAAAACCAGACAGAACAACGUGGCCUGGCUGGUUGUGGAUAGCAUCGUGGAUGUCAUUUUUCUGGUGGACAUUGUGCUGAAUUUUCACACCACUUUUGUCGGACCCGCUGGGGAGGUGAUUUCCGACCCCAAGCUCAUUCGCAUGAACUACCUGAAGACGUGGUUUGUGAUUGACCUUCUCUCCUGCUUGCCCUAUGACGUCAUCAACGCUUUUGAGAACGUGGAUGAGGUUAGUGCCUUUAUGGGUGAUCCAGGGAAGAUUGGUUUUGCUGAUCAGAUUCCACCACCCCUGGAGGGGAGAGAGAGUCAGGGCAUCAGCAGCCUGUUCAGCUCUCUGAAAGUUGUCAGGCUGCUCCGUCUGGGACGAGUGGCCCGGAAGCUGGACCACUACAUUGAGUAUGGAGCCGCCGUGCUGGUCCUGCUGGUGUGUGUGUUCGGGCUGGCUGCCCACUGGAUGGCCUGCAUUUGGUACAGCAUCGGGGACUAUGAGAUCUUCGACGAGGACACCAAGACCAUCCGCAACAACAGCUGGCUCUACCAGCUGGCCAUGGACAUUGGCACCCCUUACCAGUUUAACGGGUCCGGCUCAGGGAAGUGGGAAGGGGGUCCCAGCAAGAAUUCCGUCUACAUCUCCUCGUUGUAUUUCACCAUGACCAGCCUCACCAGUGUGGGCUUUGGGAACAUCGCCCCGUCCACAGACAUUGAGAAGAUCUUUGCCGUGGCCAUCAUGAUGAUUGGCUCCCUCCUCUAUGCCACCAUCUUUGGGAACGUGACGACCAUUUUCCAACAGAUGUACGCCAACACCAACAGGUACCAUGAGAUGCUCAACAGUGUCCGGGACUUCCUGAAGCUCUACCAGGUCCCCAAGGGGCUGAGUGAGCGGGUCAUGGAUUACAUCGUGUCCACCUGGUCCAUGUCCAGAGGCAUCGACACGGAGAAGGUCCUGCAGAUCUGCCCCAAGGACAUGAGAGCGGACAUCUGCGUGCACCUGAACCGCAAGGUGUUCAAGGAGCACCCGGCCUUCCGGCUGGCCAGUGACGGCUGCCUGCGGGCGCUGGCCAUGGAGUUCCAGACGGUGCACUGCGCCCCCGGGGACCUCAUCUACCACGCGGGGGAGAGCGUCGACAGCCUGUGCUUCGUGGUCUCGGGCUCCCUGGAGGUGAUCCAGGAUGACGAGGUGGUGGCCAUUCUAGGGAAAGGAGAUGUCUUUGGAGACGUGUUCUGGAAGGAAGCCACCCUGGCCCAGUCCUGUGCUAAUGUGAGGGCCUUGACCUACUGUGACCUGCAUGUGAUCAAGCGGGACGCCCUGCAGAAAGUGCUGGAAUUCUACACGGCCUUCUCCCACUCCUUCUCCCGGAACCUCAUUCUCACCUACAACUUGAGGAAGCGGAUCGUGUUCCGGAAGAUCAGUGACGUGAAACGGGAGGAGGAGGAGCGCAUGAAGCGGAAGAAUGAGGCCCCCCUGAUCUUGCCGCCCGACCACCCCGUCCGCCGGCUCUUCCAGAGGUUCCGCCAGCAGAAGGAGGCCAGGCUGGCCGCGGAGAGGGGCGGCCGGGACUUGGACGACCUGGACGUGGAGAAGGGCAGCGUCCUUACCGAGCACAGCCACCACGGCCUGGUGAAGGCCAGCGUCGUCACCGUCCGAGAGAGCCCCGCCACGCCCGUGGCCUUCCCGGCGGCCGCCGCCCCCGCGGGGCUGGACCACGCCCGGCUGCAGGCGCCCGGGGCCGAGAGUCUGGGCCCCAAGGCCGGCGGGGCCGACUGCGCCAAGCGCAAGGGCUGGGCCCGCUUCAAGGAUGCCUGUGGGAAGGCCGAGGACUGGAGCAAGGUGUCCAAGGCGGAGUCCAUGGAGACGCUCCCCGAGAGGACGAAGGCCGCCGGCGAGGCCACGCUCAAGAAGACGGACUCGUGCGACAGUGGCAUCACCAAGAGCGACCUGCGUCUGGACAACGCGGGUGAGGCCAGAAGCCCCCAGGACCGGAGCCCCAUCUUGGCGGAGGUCAAGCACUCCUUCUACCCCAUCCCCGAGCAGACGCUGCAGGCCACCGUCCUGGAGGUGAAGCAUGAACUCAAGGAGGACAUCAAGGCCUUGAACACCAAGAUGACGAACAUUGAGAAACAGCUCGCUGAGAUACUCAGGAUAUUAACUUCCAGAAGAUCCUCUCAGUCGCCUCAGGAGCUGUUUGAAAUAUCAAGGCCCCAGUCCCCAGAGUCAGAGAGAGACAUUUUUGGCGCGAGCUGAG